AUGGCAAGAGUUAAGCUUGUCGCUCUCCUGUCGAGUAUAAUUUCUUCCACGAGGGAGUUAUACCAGGAGCUCAAGUUUGCCAGCAUCCGUCAUGCCGCUCUUUCAACUCAAGUCGACAGCACGAAAAAGACAAUAGAAUUCGCCGCUAAUGCCCUCUCCGACCUCAUCGGGCGCUGCCCCGACACGAUAUUAGGCCAUGUCCUCGACUCCUCCCAACUCAAGUCCCUCCUCCGAGACUGCGUCUUCCACGUCGAAAAAGCCAAAGGCAUUCUCCAAAAAUGCCAAGUCGCCAACGUCCGCGGACGACUGAGGUUCGUCCUGAAGAAGGCGGACGUGCAGGCCAUUAUCCAAGACCUCAACCCUGUUGCACUAUGGCUGUGUGUGAACCUCAGCUGCGUCAUCGUCGGGCUCGUCCAGCGGUUUUCGAAGGGAGUGGCAGCGGGUGGCGUCACGGUUGAUACCGGAGCGGAAGAGCUGUUGCUACUUACGCAGGCGUUUGUUGGCAGAGGGGAUAUUGAGGAGCAACUCAAGUCGGCGAUGAGUUCCGUGGCCGAGUUGAUGGCCGCCGAUGGUUUUGCCAAGCGAAAGUCAUCACCUAAGGUGGAUAAGGACAAGCCCAGACGUGAAGGCAGUCGUGGGAUCAGACGCAGGCUUUCGAAAUCUCACCAUCCACAAGAGGCUCUUCUGCGUCGGUCUGGGAAGCAGGGAAAGUCCGGUUAUGCAUGGCCGUUCCGAAGGAUGAGCUUGACAGAUCGGAGGACGGCACUACGAAGUGUCAGUGUUGAAGGCCUGGUAGACAAGAAGAAGGAUCAGAAGCCCCCAUCCAGCUGGUCAAUACGCCGCAUACAAACCGCUCCUGCCACAACGAGCCAGGGACCCCAAACUCUGCCCCAACCCGAUACCGUGCCGGCUGAAAUAACCCCUCACAGGUACGUCUCAUUACCGACUCCCGAUGUGACAGACUCGGAUACCAGUACCCGGAAGACCGGACGCCUCAGUCCUUCCAUGCUCCGCCCACCCCCGGCCGUCCCGACACCCCCCACCAACUCCGAGAUCAACCAUCAAGCCACAUUCAUGAGCGGAGCGCUUGCAGCGUUUGGCUCGAAGAGCAGCCUUGGAUUUCAACGGAACCAACUGACGAGGGCGGGGAUUGACGUAUCGGGUACCACUCAGUCGUCUCCGAUGCUCUUCCCGAGCUCGAAGGCAUCCUCCAAGUCGUCGCGUGUGAGAAAAGGAGGAGCCGCUCUUGCUCCUUCCAGUGGCGAGGUCACGACCAUGGACAACAGCUAUUCGGUGAUUACGCAGACGACUCAUAGUUCCUGUACCUCGGCUAAGCCGCCGCCUACGCUUGCAGCCACGGAGCAGCAGUCGACAGCCGAUGAUGACGAUGCCGAUGGCCACUCUGAAGAUUUUCUCGAUGCCUUUACCAGAAUGGCAACCCAAAGGGACACUCUGGCGUCGAAUGGCGAAGGCGAGGCCGGACCCAAACUGAAUUUGACUACCUGCGCGCCCGGUGCGUGGAUAGGUCUGGCAGGCUGGUUCGAUGCUUCGUGGGCGUUCCUUUUCUUCCAGAGGGAGGAUGGUUGGGUUCAACUUGCUCUCCUACCAGACGAUUCUAGCCGAAGUGCCGCCAUUCUCGAGCCGAUUAUCCAGGUACCGCUCGACUCGCCGAUGCAUUGCGAGGUAGCCCGGGGAUAUCACGGAAGGACCGUCCUUCGGUUAUUCAUAUUCCUUAAAGAUGAAGAACAGGCUUGCUCGCUGGUAGAAUGCAGACUCGACUUCGGUAAGGGACUUGAGAAUGGAAAGUUGCCCAGCUGGGCGAUGGAAAAGUUCGAAAUACAGUCGUCAGAAGCCGGCGGCCCGCAAGUUGAGGACUUGGUGGCAUGGGAUACGGGAAUGUCAAUAUUGCUUGCUGCUUCCUCGUCGGGUGGAGUUGUCAGCGUCUACGAGCGCACGAGUUUGACCGGGAAUUGGGAGUCUAUUCCCUACCCAGACAAAAUCCCCGUGGAACCCGGCGAUUACAUCUUCCACACCGAAUUGCCGGGAAGUCGCAAGGUACGCCUACGAAAGUUGAACCAGACUGGCAUAACGCAGUACGAAGUCGACGGAUACGAAAGCUGGCGCGACCUGCAUGAAGAGCAUCCCCAGCGAACCCCCUUGAACAUUCACGACAAGGAGGUUAACUGGCACGGGCAUCCCCCGAAGCGUUUGCCAGGGUCGUGUCGCGUUAUUCACAAUCACAACGGAACCGUCGCCGGAAUCUUUUGCCAGACGGCCGAGGACGACAUUUACUUGUUCCGAGGCCAUCCGUGGUGGAACGAGCUCCAUUCCCCGCAGUUUGUUUGCUCAGUUCAGGAGGGGUCAAAAUUCCUCGUGUCGGAGAGCCGACGAGUCCUCCUUUUCGUAUCUCGAGAGAACGAGAUGAAGAGAAUCGACUUUAGUUUGGAUGAAGAGGGCGAAGUGACCAUCGAGACGACCGGCCCCGUGUUUUCUGAACACUAUUUCUCGACGACUUUGAGCGAUUUGCUGCUGAAGAGCCCCAUCAACGAUUACCUUCAAUAUCGACCUUUGUACCAGUCGAGCAGUGCAUAUUACUACAGCACAUCGUCGUCUUCGUCCUCCGAAACGCAAGAGGCCCCCCAUUAG